AUGGCGAGCGCUGCCGCCACGAGCGUGAUGGGCUCCGUCAUCGGCAAGCUGGCCGCCAUGCUCACCGAGAAGUACAAGCUCGCCAAAGACGUCGAGCGCGGGAUCCGCUUCCUGCAAGAGGAGCUGAGGAGCAUGGAUGCUGUUCUGCAGAUGCUCGCCGAGAAGGACGACGACCAGAUCGAUCCACGCGCCAAGGACUGGAGGAGCAAGGACGGAGGAAUAGCAGAGGAGAUCCGAGAACUCAAGAACCUCGUCAGCGAGCAGAGCGAGCGGGGGAAACGCUACUAUGACAUCAAUCAGUGUCUCACCGCCUCAGCACAGCCGGUGCUCUUGGAUCCUCGAGCACCUGCACUCUUUCAGGAGGCCAGCGAUCUUGUGGGAAUUGAUGCUCCUCGUGAGGAGAUCAUCAGGUUAUUGAAAUGUGAAGAGAAGCAGCACAAAGUGGUGUCCAUCUAUGGGAUCGGUGGACAGGGGAAGACCACCCUCGCCAUGGAGGUGUACCACAAAAUUACUGAAGCAUUUGAUUGCCGGGCUUUCGUGUCUGUAUCACAAACUCCAGACAUGAAGAGGCUUCUGAGAGAUAUAUUGUCUCAAAUAAGCAAGAGCGAUUUUGACCAGUCACAGAUGUUAGAGACAGUUGAGCAGCUCAUCCGCACAGUGAAAGAAUGCUUAAAGGACAAGAGAAUUAUUACUACAACACGCAAGAAAGCUGUAGCCAACAAAUGCUGUACUGGUAUUGCCGCACAAAUGUAUGAAGCCAAGCCACUUAGUGAUGAGGACUCUCAGAGAUUAUUCUUUACGAGGCUAUUUUUCUCCGGUGAUGAUUGUCACCCAGAUUUGAGAAAAGUAUCCGAUGAUAUUUUGAAGAAAUGUUGCGGCUUACCAUUAGCCAUAAUCAGUAUAGCUGGUUUAUUAGCAAACAGAAGCAAAACAGUGGAGGUCUGGAGCAAUGUAUUGACGUCCAUUUCUGCUGCAGUUGAGAAAGAUUCUCCCAUUGAUAAGAUGAAAAGAAUUCUGUUGCUGAGUUACUUUGACCUUCCUCACCAUCUAAAGAGCUGUUUGCUAUAUCUCAGUGUGUUUCCAGAGGAUUAUUCCAUUGAUUGCCGCCAGUUGAUAUUGCUGUGGGUGGCCGAAGGACUGAUUCCUGGACAGGACAGAGAAAGUAUGGAGCAACUAGGGAGAAGUUACUUGAAUGAACUGAUCAAUAGAAGCUUGGUCCAGCCAACCAAGGUUGGGGCAGAUGGCACAACCGUGAAACAGUGCAGAGUUCAUGAUGUCAUACUUGAGUUCAUUGUGUCAAAGGCUGUAGAGGACAAACUUUGUUACCAUAUGGAGUGGUAA